GCUGCUGUUUGGGAGAAGUGGAGCUGCAAAAAGACACCGUGCAUCCAGAGAUUUUAAACUACUAGCGUUUUAUAUAACAUAAUGUCAUUUUAAGAUCGAGUGCUAUAGUCUCGUGGGGUGGGGGGAAUUGCACUCCGUUAUAUAAGGUAGCACACUGACGGGAACCACGGCAACAAAACCACCAAGGUGGAAAGACUGAUGAUGAUCUUUCAUGCUGAGAGUUUAUGAACAUGUGGAAAAGUCAAGACAUUUUAAAAACACGAAUGGACUCUUCGAAAUCUUCAACUGCAUUGCCAGAGAGCAUGGGAAGUGCUGGCAGGGGUCUAGAUGUGUUUACUGACCGUGGUUCACAUGCACCAACCCCCUCACAAGGAGGCUGGGCCAGUAAGGACUUUCUGAUGAUGUCUCCAGAGGAAAAGCUGAAGUACUCUGAAACCCAGGCUCAGACUAGGGAGGACAACCAAGAGUUUGACUCUUGCAUCCAGGACCUGGUGCGAAUCAUUGCUCUGACGAAGCUGGUGCACGGAGAGCGACAUCUGAAAGUAGCCCAAGGCCAUGCCAGGCUGGCUAAAGGAUAUUUUCAGUUCAAGGGAUGGGGACAACAAGCCCAGGAGCACUCGGCAGUCGCCAGAGAGAUACUCUCUCUGUGCUCCUCUUUGUCUUCCUCCGGAGAUGAAAAGCUCAAGCUUCGAACAUGUCUCCUGAACAUACUCCUCACACAAGGAGGUGCUUCACUACUCACAGAAAAUUUAGAGGAAGCGGAGUCUUCUUUUCUGGAGGCAGAACAAGUCCUCGAGGAGCUUCAUCGAAACAGUUUUGUCAACAAGGAAGAAAAGAUAAAGGCUCAGCUGGAAAUCACCAGUGGUUUGUACAGGGUCUAUAAGACACAAAAUCGCCCAGAGGAAGCACUGAACCAGUGUGGCAAGUCUUUGCAACUGCUGAAGGAUUGCAAUGAGCCAGAAAAGACCGGCCGUGUCUAUAGAGAUAUGGCCGCGGUUGAACAAGACAGAGGUCAUUUGGAGAGGGCAGUAGAGCAUCUCUCCAAGGCCCACGCCAUUGCUGUGAGUCACAGUCCAGGGGGACUAGAGGACGCUCAGAUCUCCCACAGCCUGGCCCUCAUUCUUUCUACUCCAACAGAGGCCCACCACAAUGACAGUGCCGGUCACUACUUUGAGCUGAGUUUAAGUGCUUACAGCAAGUCUGUAGGUUCACAGGAUCCAACCUUCCUUGCUGUCCAGGACGACUUCUGUCGCUUUCUCCUCAUUAAUGGACAGCAAAAGAAAUGUGUGGAGAUCCAGAGAGCUUCUCUUGAUGCUAAAAGAUCUGCUUUUGGUGACCUGAGCGCUGAGGUAGCAGAUACUCUUCAGCUGAUAGGAAGUGUGGAAAUGACGGAGGGCAGGAUGGACCAAGCCCACAGGACUAUGACAAAGUGUCUGAAGAUCCAGAGCUUGUUAAACGGUCCUCAGCACAAGAAAACAAAGACUGUACGGAAGGCUGUGGACAUGUUGGCAAGGACGCCGGAGGUAGUUGAGAGACACGAGAGACACCAGAGACGAAGCAGAAGAUGAAGAUCAAAAAUCUGAGAGAUGACUCUGUGUAUUAUAUUUAUUAUAUCAUCAUCGUACAGGUCACUCCUUUUCAAAAUCAGCUGCUCUCACUCAUUGUGUGAGGUGGCAUGUGUUAACAUGUGUUAACUUUGAAAAACAUUCAAGCAAAACAUUCCCAUGAUAUACUUUAUGUUACGCUAUCACUUUUCAAUUAAGGGCUGGAAUUAAUGUCAACCAAAGCAAUGUCCUUUGUUAAAAAGAAAUCAUUACAGCAGAAACAAUAUUAUUUUGUCCAGUUCCUAUUAAUUGAAUAUUGAAUAAGCCAUUCUUUAUCCAUCAAAACAUUGUAUAUAUUUUUUUCCCAUAUGCUGUAAAAUGGCAUACGGUGUCCAGAUGACUCCGUAUGAUAACCAGUCCAGGAGAGAUCAUUUAAGCACAGUGCUGUGUUAACAGGUGACACGUGUGGAAAGCUAGUGUGUCUGGGCACUUACAUGAAAUAAAUCAUGAUUCAUGUAAACUUCCAAUACAUUGAAUUCAUGCUGAAUUUUGCAUUUUUACAUUUUACAUCAUAGUCACAAAAAAAGCAAAGACACUGCUCAGUAAAGUGUGAAUUAUACAACCUAGUUAAAAAAAAAAAAAAGAAGUCAAAGACGUGUAACCAGCUUGUAAAAGUAGUGCUCCAUUUCUGUCUCUGCAACGAGCACGCACGACAAACCCUAGAGAUCACUCACUAAGCUGAUUAUCCAAAAAUAGUCACAGUCACAAACACACUCUUCGGUCAGUGUCGUAUCCUUUGAGCCAACAAGGCAAUCGCCAAUAAAUGUGAUCAGCCAAAAGGUGUCACGCGCAACACACAUCAAAACCAGACACAUAGAUAUUCCCACCAACGGUGGAUCCUUACAGUGCUCUUCAAGUCAACCUUUAUUUGGGGAUUUUUAUUGUAAAAACUGUCCAAAUUCUCAAUUUACAAAUCCACAACCACCGGACCACAGAGUUCUGUCUUGGUCAAUCAAAAAUAUAGAGCAGCGGCACAUACCGAUUAAUAUGUUUGUUCAGUAAUGAGAAUUUCUGUUUCCCUAACUCUUCAAAAUGUAUAACAUACCAUUAAUGUUAUGUAACGGUAAGUGAUAUUAAAAAUGUAACUCAUUUUAUACUCACUGUAAGUGCCACCAUUGCCAUUUUUUUUCCACUCCCACUAAGAAGUUCUUUGCUGCAAGCUUAACUAGAUUGUGUACGUCAGUGA